AAUUUGCCCCUCAACUUCACCCUCCUGCAAUUUGCACCCCUUGUUGCCAAACAGAGCGUUAUUCUUCCACCGUUUUCGAAUUUCCCAGGAAACCCUAGCUUUCAUCUGACGGUCAUCGAUCCAAUGUCUACCCUCUGCGACCCGACAUCCUCCUGCAACCCCGAUAAGGAAUCCGGCAUCCGCAUCGCCUGUAACUCUGAAAAUGUCUCUGAGUUUGCCUUGGGUGCUAACGGCGACAGCGGAUCUGCCUGCAGCGAGGCCCUCUUCCUUUCCGAAAACAAAGGCUACUACGACUCCGCUUGCAGGCGGUGCCGAGAACUUGAGGCGAUUGAGCCGAUUCCCAUGCCUGGCGACGACAAGUACUUAUUUCCCUGUGAGCAUGAAGAGUUCGCCAAAGAUGAAGGCCUAAAGUUACGUGUUAUCCGCUAUAGGAAGUCGAUGGCGAAGACCGGCGGUUUUGAUGUUGACUGCCCUCCACUGCAUGCUCAAUUCGAUGAAAAUCUACCCCAUGCGCAUCUUAGCUAUAUCACUGGCUUCGACCAUCGUGUGAGGAAGGCUGCUCUGUUCGUGAUUGAUAGAUAUAAUGAAACUAAGAGUAAGAACUUGGCGCUUCUGGAUAUUUCCAAUGUAUGUGCAUAUAUUGGUGGUCGUGUAGUACUCUUUAUAACCUUUGAAGGAUACAAUCCUGAGAAGCCUGAUAAUUAUGUGGAGACUUACCAAGCUGUGGUUUCCUGCGUUCAUCGAAGUAAUGAAAAAGUGGUUAAGAUAUUCAGGAGGAAAUCAGAUGGCAAAGGUAACUUCUUUGUUCUGGUUCAUGUUUGUUACUGUACCUGAGGAUUUCUUCUGUUUUGAACAGGUUAGACUGUUAACUAGGAUGUGCAUUGUUGCUCACUGAGUGUUCAUCCAUUGAAAACUCAUGCAGUUGAACAUAAGAUGAUCUGCUCGAUCCCGAUGCAUUCUAUGUUGUCUACAUAGAAUAUUGGACAUCCUUGUACUAUGGAGAUAAGUGAGGGCCAAAGUAACUAGGGUCGAGUGAUCUUGGGGAUGUAGUCACUUUGCUCUGUCUAGAAUCAUAAGGGAUAAGGCCUAAAUUAGCUCUUAUGUUCAAACUCUGGAGCAGAGACAUCAUACCUCUAUAUUUGUCUACUAACUUAUAACCCGGCCCAUUGUCCGGAAUAUUCAUAUUUAAUUAUUUAUAUUUUCAUAUUAUGUUGAAGUUUAUCAACUCAUAUUACGUUUAAGUUUAUCAACUCAUUUAAUUUUUUUGACAAUCCUUCGAUCAAGA